GUUACCCCUCGUGGAGGAGCAUAGACCGCCCACCAACAUUCUCCAUCCAGAAAGAAGAAAAGCAAAAACAAAAAAAAUUUUUUUGGUAUUUUUUGUUUCCCCCCAUAAUGGAUUUAAUGUACAUGAAUGUUCAUAGAAAAUUAUUUGAUUCUUAUUCUAUAAUCUUUUUAUUAUUAUUCAUAAUACAUAUACAUUUAUCAUUAAUUAACUGUAAUAAGUUUCAUUAUACUAAUUGGAAUGAAUAUGUAAAUCCAUAUAAUCAAGAUAAUAAUAAAAAUAUACAUUUUAUAAGAAAUUAUUAUUAUAAUCAACGUCAUAAUCGAAAUGUAUACAGGAAUAAUGAGCAAACACAAUUUCCUCCUCCUCCUCCUCCUCCUCCUAAUAAUAAUAAUAAUAAUAAUAAUAAUAAUAAUAAUAAUAAUAAUAAUAAUAAUAAUAAUCAACGUUCAUCAUAUAGAAGUUCACCUACUUAUCAAAAUUCUCAUUUACAACAGUCGAAUAAAUAUCGAUUUCAAAGACGUCUAGUACCGUAUUCAAGAAAUAUAGAAUCUGUAAAUCCUUAUCAUUCAUAUUCAUCAAGAAAAUAUUCACAUGAAUGGUGGAAGAAACAUUCUCCAUCUGGUAACUAUCCUAAUAGAUAUAUUGAUUAUGGAAGAAGAAAUCAAACACAAGCAGAUCGCGAAGUAAAUGAUUAUGUAAGAAUUUAUUCGUCAGAUAGUCCAAUUGAAUAUGGUAAUGCAAGGCCUGAAAAUUAUUUUGAGAGAGUUAUAACUUUAUCACAUCCUAACGAUCGUGUUUGGAAUGAGAAAGAACAAUAUUGGGGUUAUGCACCAAAUUCAUAUAGUACACAACAAGGAGCUGAAAUUUCUACUUUUUUGUGGUCACAAAGUGCCAGACAAUUUGAUGAAUGCAUACCACCGUUUUGUAUUCCUGCUCAAUGUGAUUAUUAUACAGAUGGUCGACCAAUUUGCACACAAAAUCUUCCGUGUUUAGGCUCUACUCCAUGUUAUCAAAACGAUCCAUCAUGUCGACAAUCAAACUAUGGUGUAAACUGUAAUGUAAUGAAUUCAACAGUUUGUAAGCAAAUGUGGAAUUUGCAAUGCAGUUUUGGCUGUGUUAAAAACGGUUCUAAACCUUCGGAUGUAUUAUGCGUGUGCAAUCCGUGGACACUACAAAAUAACGAAUCAUCCUGUGUUUCGGUCGAUCUAGAUAUAUUCAAAUGUCCUUUAGGAUGUAAUGGAAGAGGUCAUUGUGAUCCAAAAACUGGGAAGUGUUUUUGUUAUCCUGGUUUUAAAGGACAUUCCUGUGAAUUGGAAGAUAAUUGUCCAUCAGGUUUAACAGGACCUAACUGUGAGUAUGAUGUUGACGAAUGUCUAAGUGGUAGGAGUGGAUGUGAACAAAGAUGUGUUAAUACUUAUGGCUCGUUUCGGUGCGAGUGCGAAAACGGUUAUGCCGUUGUACCAGACGACCCAAAGAGAUGUAAACCUUCGGAGUGUUUGACAAAAUGUCACUCAGGAAAUGGAAAAUGUGACAAGACAGGUAAAUGCCACUGUUUACCAGGUUAUGUAGGAGAGUGGUGUAAUUUAGACAUUGAUGAAUGUAGAUUAGGAACACACAACUGUGAACAAGUAUGCAUUAAUACUCCUGGAUCCUACCAGUGUGAGUGUCACUCAGGGUACAAACUUAACUUAACUGAUAGAAAAUCAUGCCAUGAAGUCACAUGCAAUCCUAGAUGUACUAUUAAUCAAGGAUUUUGUUCUGACGAUGGAAUAUGUACCUGUCGACCGGGGUUUACCGGGCCAGAUUGUGGUGAAGACAUAGAUGAGUGUAAAAAAGGGACACAUAACUGUUCUCAAAAAUGUAUCAAUACAUAUGGCUCUUUCAAAUGUGAAUGCUUUGAGGGAUAUGAAACACAAAGCGGUAAUGGUGUGAAUUGUAAAUCUAAAUGUUCAGAGAGAUGCAUGUCUAAUAAGGGAAAGUGCGAUGCCACUGGAAAAUGUAUAUGUCGUCGUGGAUUUACAGGUCUUGAUUGUUCUGAAGACAUAAAUGAAUGUGAGUUGAAACCUAAGCCUUGUGUUCAAGGCUGCGUUAAUACGUAUGGGUCAUAUUAUUGUACAUGUGACAAAGGGUAUCACCAAGAUUACAGAGGUCACUGUCUUCCAAACAAAUGUAGUCCUGAAUGUGUUCAUGGACAAGGCGAAUGUACAUCUAAUGGAAAAUGUUUGUGUAAUCCAGGUUUUCGAGGGUUAUCUUGUGAGACAGACGUAGAUGAAUGCUCUGAAGGAAAACAUAAUUGUCAACAGGAAUGUAUCAAUACUCCUGGGUCCUUUAAAUGUUCUUGUCAUUCAGGUUACAAAUUAUCCACUGUAGAUUCAUCAAAAUGUGAACCUAUUUCUUGUCCUUCUCAAUGCAAUUUAAUAGAUGGAGAAUGUGACUGCGAAUGCAAGCUUGGACAUUUUGGACUUAAUUGUAAUCAAACAGUAGAUUCAUGUGCAAUAAAACCAUGUGAUCAAAUUUGUGUGGAUUUAGGUGAUGGGAAGUAUACAUGCAAAUGUAAUGAAGGUUUUGAACCAAGUCCAAAUAAUCCUAGACGAUGUCAGCGUAUAUGUAAAGAUGGUAUAGACUGUAUAUAUGGAAGCUGCCGAACUGUGUUUUCAAAUGACACAGAUCAAUCUUUAUGUACUUGCCUAGAAGGAUUUUACGGAACAAACUGUCAAAACGAUGUAAAUGAAUGCUUAAAUGAGAAUGGUGAAAAACAUUUUUGUGAACAUCAUUGCAUCAAUACAUUAGGAUCAUACCAAUGUUUUUGUGAUCCGGAUUAUGAAUUACAAUCUGAUGGUCGAACAUGUAAAAAACAGGUUAAAAGUGAAAUUAAAUGUCCUGAAUACUGCCUAAAUGGUGCAACUUGUAAAUCAACUGGAGAAUGUGUAUGUCAACCUGGUUAUGAAGGAAUAUAUUGUGAAAAAAUAAAAGAUAUUUGUGCAAUACUUAAGUUAUGUGAUCAACAAUGUUUUCCUAAAGAAGAUGGUACAUAUCAUUGUGGUUGUGAUCCUGACUAUGAACUUCAAGCAGAUGGGCAUAGUUGUGAAUUAAAAUCAUCAUGUAAUUUAAAAUGUCAAAAUAAUGGAAAAUGUUUUAAUGGAAAAUGUAUAUGUACAUCAAAUUUUGAAGGGGAUUAUUGUGAAAAAGAUAAAAAUGAAUGUGAUCAAUCUGUUUUUGAACAUGGUUGUAUUCAUAGAUGUAUUAAUACUUAUGGAUCAUAUGAAUGUAUAUGCCCAGAUGGUUAUCGAAGACUUGCUGAUAAACGUACAUGUGUUAAAGAAGACAAUGUAUCAUGCAAUCCACCCUGUGAAAAUGGUGGUAUUUGUCGACCUGGUAAUCUAUGUGAAUGUACACGUGGCUAUGAAGGUAUACAAUGUGAGCUAGACAUUAAUGAAUGUGUACGCCUUAGACCAUGUGAUCCAGAUUAUGGAAUAUGUGAAAAUACACCUGGUAGUUUCACUUGUCAAUGUGUACCUGGUUAUCAAUUAAUGUAUGAUGGACAACAUUGUAUUGAUAUUGAACGUGCAAAAUCACAUCCAAAUUUAAUAUUCCGUGGUCGUGGUACAAAAGGUGUCUCAAUUGCUACACGUUUAACUAAUACAACUCAUUUAAAUGAAACAAAAUAUUAUCCUCGUAAAUUGAAUAAACGUAAUCUUCAACCUAUCAUCAAAUACUCAUUAAAAUCAACUAAUCUUAGAGAUCAUCAUAGAAACAAUCAUUUUCAUUAUAAAAAUCAACAAUCCUCAUUAUCAUCUAGGUAUCAUUAUAAAAAAUUAACAUUAAAAGGUGAUCCAGAUGUUAUUAUUACUCCUAGAAAUGUUUAAAAAAAUUUAUAUACUACUUAUAUACUUAUUUAAAUUAGUAGUUAUUUAUUAAUCUUUAAAAAAGUAGUAGUAUGAUGUGUUUGACUAUAAAUUUUCUUUGUAUGUUUUCAUUCUAAUCCAUUUCGUUCUUUCAUACAAUCUAUAUAUAUAUAGUCCGAUUUUCAAGGUUUAUAACAAAGAGAUUAACUGACAGUUUGUAUAUUUUAUUGAAUGGGCUAUGAAACUGCAUUAUUAUUAUUAUUACUAUUACUAUUAUUACUAGUACUAUUAUUAUUAUUAUUAUCCCUAUUUACUACUAUAUUCAGAUUAUUCUUUGAUUAUUCUAACUAUAUGCAACAGUUUUGUUUAAAUUCUUUUCUCAUUUAUUGAGUACACUAAUUGUUGAUAAUAUACUACUGAUAAUAUCAGUAGUUUUUUAACUGAAUGAUCUAUAUGUUAUUAUUUUGUCCUACCUCUAAAAAAAAAGAAAGAAAACAUACCGUUACUCUUAUAAUCAUUAAAAUAAAUUAAUCUUUAUCUUGGGAUUACAAUGAUGUGCAUCGGUCUUGUUUUAUGCUAACACUGGAUAUUCUUAGCUUUGGAUCAGUUACUGAUUUGUACGAAAUGACUUAUUAAUAUAUAUAUAUAUAUAUACAGAUAUGGUCAUUUACUGACAAAAUUCAUUCAUGUAUACAUCAAUAUGAUGUUGUUUGGAAGAAAAUUUAGGAUAUACUGCAUUGUUAUGUUUAUUUUAAAUAAAAGAUAAUAAUCAUAA